AUGACGAGUUCAUCCAACAAACCCAGCCAGUCUCGAGGGGAGCUGCGAAGUAACCUGCUCUCCAGUUCGGGCUUCCUAAUGUCUGAUGCGCGUAAUCCCCGCAUCGACAAUCUCCCUCAACAUCAGUCCAAUACAUCCGCCUUCGACACGUCGUCUCCUGGUUCCAUUGAUUUCAAUUUUCCCUUUGUCGGUAGUCCUCAUGGUAGCAGCAACAGCGGCAUCGAUGCCCCGCCGGAUAUUCGACUGGGCCACAGCCAGGGCUUUCCUGGUCGAGGCUCCAUGGUGGGAUAUGCCUCUGGCAAAAUUCCCAGCCCCCAACAUCGCGCCUCCUUAGCCAGCAUUGAUUCGGCUUUCGACCACGAUCUUUUUGGCGCUGCCGCCUUAAGCCAAUGGGCUCCCGGUUCCGGCAAUCAGCCUCCCAGUAAUGCAGACUCGUCACCUAGAAAAGCCCCGAGCACCACCGAACAGGAAAAAAAAGCACCGGGUGACGAGGAAAAGCCGCCGGCAUGGAGCGAGCUCAAAACGAAGGCGGGCAAAGAGAGAAAACGACUUCCUCUCGCCUGUAUUGCUUGUCGCCGAAAGAAGAUCCGAUGUUCCGGCGAAAAGCCGGCUUGCAAGCAUUGUCUACGUGCUCGCAUACCCUGCGUCUAUAAAGUGACGACUAGAAAAGCUGCACCUCGGACGGAUUAUAUGGCCAUGUUAGACAAGCGCCUGAAAAGGAUGGAAGACCGUGUGAUCCGAGUCAUCCCUAAGGACGAACUCCCAGAUUUGAGCGGCACUGGCCGUGGUUCGGUACGGCCGCCUCUACCCGGUCAGGCGCUGAAGAAGGAGAAAGACCAGCCCAAGAAACGCUCCGCCGACGAGGCUUUCACACAAGAGCUCAAUGACUGGAGAAGUUCACGAGAGAAAACCACUUUGCUCGACCCCAGCGCCGGAUUGCGCAAACAGCGCGAAGGCGAGAACAAGCUCUUUAUCGAAGGCUCUGAAUCUCUCCCACCGCAGCACAUCCAAGAACAUCUCGCCGAGGUCUUUUUUGACUGCGUCUAUGGUCAAUCCUACCUCCUGUUGCAUAAGCCCAGCUUCAUGCGGAAACUGAAGGCCGGUACGAUCCCGCCAGUCCUUAUCUUGGCUGUCUGUGCGAUUUCUGCGCGUUUCUCAACGCACCCGCAAGUGAGCACCGAACCGGCCUUCCUCCGUGGAGAGCAGUGGGCAACUCCUGCUAGACGGAUCGUCGAGAAGCGUCACUACGAACCCAAUAUCACCAUCCUCACGGCAAUGCUGAUGCUGGGUCUGCACUACUUUGGAACCUGUGAGGGCGGAUUGUCGUGGUCAUUUGGUGGCCAGGCCAUGCGCAUGGGCUACGCCUUACAACUGCACCGCGAACUCGACCAUGAUCCUUUGGGCCGAAACCAGAUCGCCACAAACGAGAACAAGAAAGGCCCCAAGCCUCCCGAACUCUCCUUUACCGACCGAGAAAUCCGCCGUCGAACAAUGUGGGCCUGUUACCUGAUGGACACAUUCAACUCGUCCGGCACUGAACGCCCUUCUUUCCUGAAUGAAGACUAUUAUCAAAUCCAGUUGCCCAUCAAAGAAUCGCAUUUUCAAAUGGAGGUGCCUGGUCCUACGGAAGAUCUAUAUGGCAAUGUGCCCAUGUCCAACAGCAAAUCGUCACUCGACAGCAAUGCAGGAGACGUCGCUGCGGAGGCAAAAGCGAACAUGGGCGUCGCCGCGUACAUCGUUCGUGCCGUGGUGCUCUGGAAGCGCAUCGUCAAAUACCUUAAUCUGGGAGGCAAGGAAAAGGAUCCGCAUCCCAUAUGGGACCCAUUAUCUCAAUUCGCAACCCUUCAACGCCAAAUCUCCCAACUGAAAUCGUCUCUCCCUGACGAUAUCACCUAUACGCCGGAAAACUUCGCCACCCACGUCUCUGAACGUCUGGCGAACCAGUAUCUCUUUCUUCAUAUCGUCCUAGCCCAAACUUCCCUCUUUCUCCACCGCUUUGCGAUCCCUACGCAACCCAGCCAUAGACCCCAUCACCAUUAUUACACCCAACAAGGAAUGCCCAAGGCGUUUCUCACAUCAUCCGCCAAUAUCGUCCUCGAAUCCGCGUCGCUCAUCAGCAAACUCAUCGCCGAUGCGACUGGCCACACUUUAACCGUUCCCUUCGCGGGGUAUUGCGCAUACGCUGCCGCGACAGUGCAUGUCUGGGGAAUAUUUUCCAAGAACUCCGCUCUCGAACAGCAGAGCAAGGAGAAUUUACGGCAUAAUUAUAAGUACCUCACCAGGAUGAAGCGAUAUUGGGGCAUGUUUCACUACAUGGCUGAGUCGGUCAAGGAUAUCUACCGCGCUUUCGCCGACUCCACACUCCGUCAUGCCCAGGGCCGACCGGGGUCAAACGGCAUCGCCAGCUCCGGCAUGAGCAUGUUGCGAAGGCACUCCUCCGCCACAGGAGGAAGUGGGACCCAGACGCCUAUGGAGUUGGACCUGACCGCAACGCUCACGUCCACCACCAACCCGCCUUCUCGAUCUGAGACACCGGCAGACCCCAACAAACCGAAGUCUGAACAAGACAAAUCCAAGACCAUGUUUCAAUACGGCGAUUGGUUUGAUAAGUACCCGCAUGGCGUUUCCGAGAGUGAAUGGGAGAAGUCCCAUCUAGAGUACCGCAGCGAACACGCCCAGGGUGGUGCCGAGGCCGUCAUGUCUCAGAGAAGUGACCUGCAGUCGGUGGAAGAGUUUUUCGCGAGUUUGAGCCCGCCGUCCAAGGCUGAUGAUGGCAGCGGUGGCUUGGCUGGGAGAGGGAAGAAGAUCCCCAGGAGAAGGGGGAAGAGUGUGGCGGAGAACAAGAAGGCGGAGAAAGAAGAGAAGGGAGAUAAAGGUAAAGGCAACAACGCUUCGAGUUCUACUACGGCCACAGGCGCUAGAGCUGGUUCUUUGGCCCCGGAGCAGGACCCGCAAAGACGACCGUCGAUGUCGCAACAGAUGGCUGGACAGCGUCUCCCAACCACAAGCGCCGAGCUCAGUCUGAACCUCAACCUCAAUCAACCGUUCGAUCUCGCGAGCUUCGACAUAACAUCCCCAUCGCUGUACCAGAACGCCCAAUUCUCGGACCCUUACACUUAUGGCGGCUCACCAACAUCGCCACACUAUAACAACCUCCAUUUCAUAUCCACCCUGCCGGCCAUUGAUCGACAAAUGGUCUUUGGGGCCGCAUAUGCCGGCAUGGACCCCGCCGGCACCGCUGGCAACAAUGGCAACCAAAAUACAUCCUCGGGACUCAACAACCUCAACUCUCCCUCCGUGGGGAACUAUGCGAGCACAAAUCCCUGGGACCAACUCGAUAUGACGACGUAUGGAUUCAGUGAUCCGUUCGCGGGAGGAGGAACCGGGGGAAUGGACACGAGUUCCUCGGCGUGGUUGUUACCAUUCAAUAUCGAACCACCCAAUUUCGGAGGCGGUGGCUUGGAGGAGUUUGGCAACAGCGCGUUGGAUGGGAUGGAUCUGAGUGAUCUUGGUCAAGGAGGUGAUGACGUUGGCGGACCGUUUGGCGAGCAGAAUUCAGGCAACACAUGA